AUGAAGGCUAUCAGACGGUCCUUGAAGGUAGACAAACAUCAUCACGUCUCCAUAACACCCAAAUCAGCAAUAGCUAUUUUGCCUCCAAAAAAGGUGAUCAAAGCGCUUUACGAUUAUCAACCAGAGGGAGACCACGAAUUGGCUUUCAAUAAAGGUGAUUUCUUCCACGUUAUCAGUCGGGAACACGAUACAGACUGGUACGAGGCUUGCAACCCCUUGAUCCCUACUUGUCGUGGUCUGGUUCCCGUCUCCUUCUUUGAGACUAUAGGCAAAACCGAAAGGGAUAGUGGGGGUUCCGUCGAUCUCCAGAAAAACGACCAUCACGACUCUGGCUUCGCCGACCGUUCACUUCCCGAUUCCACCACCCCCAAACAACCUGCUUCUGCUUUUAGAAUGUCUGUCCUCCCAAAGGGUCAAGGUGCUAUGGUUUAUGGUAUCGUCCAGUAUGAUUUUCAAGCCGAGCGUCCCGAUGAAUUGGAUGCCAGGGCCGGCGAGGCCAUCAUUGUCAUCGCGCAAUCAAAUCCCGAGUGGUUUGUCGCAAAGCCGAUCGGUCGUCUCGGUGGUCCCGGCUUGAUUCCCGUCUCCUUUAUCGAGUUGCGCGAUAUGCAGACCGGCCAGGCCGUGACCGACCCGUUGGAGGCUGUGCGACGCGCCGGUGUCCCCAAGGUUGAGGAGUGGAAGAAGAUGACCGCUGAAUACAAAAACAGUAGUAUCACCCUAGGCAAGAUUGAAGGUGGUGCAGGCGGAGGUGGCACAGCUGUUGGUCCAGGCGUGGACAAGUCUGUGAGCCAGAGUAAUGGCCACAUGAGUCAGAAUAGCUACGGAAAUGGCUACCACCAGCGUAAUACCAGCAAAGCUACCGUGGCAUCCCAAGCGCCCAUGUCGCAGACCCCGUCGCAAGGGUAUCAGCCCCUCCUCGCUCCCAUCGCUGCAUCGAUUCCCCGCUACUGCUUCGACAACGAUAAAUACUGGUAUAUUGUGGAGGCCAAGAUGGAGGACGGUCGGUGCUGGGAAUUGUCACGAUACUACCACGACUUUUACGACUUCCAGAUUGCUCUGUUAACACAAUUUGAGGAUGAGGCAGGCAACCGAGGUCGCCCCCGAACACUACCAUUCAUGCCGGGUCCCGUUACACAUGUCACAGAUGCUAUCUCUAACGGCCGGCGUCAAAACUUAGAUGAAUACAUUAAGAAGCUAUUGUCGAUGCCCCCGAAUAUUUCCCGGUGCCAGCUGAUCCGGCAGUUGUUCGCGCCCCGCCAAGGUGACUUCGAAAUUGACCCAAGUGCUUUCGGCGAAGAAGCCCGGUACUCGGUUGAAUCACACCAAUCUUCCGGUGGCAUGGAUCACACUGUGUCCCGUCAGUCAUCACAGGCCCAGAUGAAUGAGCGUAUUUCUCAACAACGCCCUCCCCCCACAAACUAUGCUAGCGGCGGCCCACCACCAAUGAAUCGACAAGCCAGCUCGCUGACUCAAGUUUCUGCGUCUUCCAACAGCGCUAUGAAGGUGAAGGUUUUCUUCCAAGACGACCUCAUCGCUAUUCGCAUUCCCAACGGUGUGAGCAUGCAGCAUUUGAAGGACAAAUUAUCAGAUCGUCUAAAGAUCUCAGACGAUAUCAUUGUGCAGUACAAAGAUGAAUCGUCUAGCACCUACGUGGAUCUGAUCUCCGAUGCUGAUCUCGAUACUGCCAUGCAGCGCAAUACCAAGUUGACGCUAUUUGUCAGCAUCGCAUAA